GCGGAGCAAGGCUGUUUCCCGUUUGCUGCCCAGUUUGGUGAAAAUGAGGGUCCUGGGGCUCUUGGCGACUUUCCUGGCCGUCGCGUUUGGCACCGACACCUUUGAGGGUCAUCAGGUGCUGAGGAUCACGGCCGCUGAUGAAGUCCAAGUAGAGAAAUUGAAGGAGCUGGGAGCCCUGGAGGAUCUUCAGUUGGAUUUCUGGCUAGCCCCAGUUCAUCCUGAGCUCCCCAUAGAUGUGCGAGUCCCCUUCCCCAGCCUCCAAAGGGUCAAGGUCUUUCUGGAGUCCAAUGACAUCCAAUACUCCAUCAUGAUCAACAAUGUUCAGAGAUUGGUUGAUGAGGAGAAGAGCCACAUGAUGCUCCAGCGCCAAGUACAAGAAAUGUCACUUGCAACUUUUAACUAUGCUGCUUACCACAACCUAGAUACCAUCUAUAGCUUCAUGGACCUCUUGGUGCGUGAGAAGCCCCUGCUGGUCAGUAAAAUCGAGAUUGGUCAGACAACUGAAGGUCGCCCAAUCAACGUCUUGAAGUUCAGCACGGGGGGAACCAACCGCCCCGCAAUCUGGAUUGACACCGGCAUUCAUUCCCGUGAGUGGAUCACUCAGGCCAGCGGAGUUUGGUUUGCAAAGAAGAUCUUUGACGAUCAUGGGAAGGAUCCGUCUCUCACUUCCAUCAUGAACAAAUUUGACAUCUUCCUAGAAAUCGUCACCAAUCCGGAUGGUUUUGCCUACACACACACCAAGAACCGUAUGUGGCGUAAGACCAGAUCUAAGAGAAGUGGGACAUCUUGUGUUGGAGUGGACCCCAACAGGAAUUGGGCAGCAGGCUUUGGAGGAGCUGGCUCCAGUGGAAACCCUUGCUCUGACACAUACCGUGGACCUUAUGCGCAGUCAGAACCAGAGGUGCAAGCCAUCGUGGAUUUUGUACAGCUUCAUGGCAACAUCAAGGCCUUCAUCUCCAUCCACAGCUACUCUCAGCUUCUCCUCUAUCCUUAUGGUUACACCCAGAAGCAAGCUGCAGAUCACCUGGAGCUGGACGCUCUCGCUAAGAAGGCCAUCACGGCUCUAGCUUCCCUCCAUGGAACCAAAUACAGAUAUGGCAGCAUCAUCAAAGCAAUCUACCAAGCGAGCGGAGGCACGGUUGACUGGACCUAUGACCAAGGCAUUAAAUACUCCUACACGUUUGAGCUGAGAGACGCGGGCCGUUACGGGUUCUUGCUCCCGGCUGACCAGAUCGUGCCAACCGCCGAGGAGACCUGGCUCGCCCUGAUGGUCAUCAUGGAGCACACGCGGGACCACCCGUACUAAGGCAGGGUGGCUGGGCUCGCUGGAGACGGCCUCACCCCAGGCCAUCUGGCCCUCAGUAAAUGUCUGGAAUUCACCCAGGGGUGUCUUCUGCCUGCGUCUGAUUCUUACGAAUAAUUCCUUUGCACGUGAUAUGCUCCUACUGCGUUUCCGUUCCUUCUUGAACUAAGCGAGUUGGAUGGGAGAAGAAUGUAGUCAUUUUAAUCCUUUCAUGAAACACUGGAACAAAGUUCCUCACUUCAGGAUUGAGUAACUUCAUGAAGGUGUUUUAGUGUUCAAGUGGUAUCUUGGGACUAGUUUACCUGACACUUUCUGGCCAUGGAGGGGAAUGCUUGCCUGUAUGUGGGCACCUCCUGACGGACACAAUCCGAUUAUUCGUGUAUGGCUUCCCCCAUUUCCACUGUGUUGCUGAAUGUAACGGCCCCUUCUAUCUCAGGAGAUACUCCAACUUUAGAACAGUUCUUUAGCUGUUAGCAACUUGUAGUGACCAGACAGACAAACUGUAUAAGCCUUCUUAAAAACAACAGUGCACCAUUCUCUUUAUUGGGCUGCAAAUAAUAUAAAAGGCAAACUAGGUACAAAAAUUUAAGCGCUAAGGAGCGGCAGGUGCCUUAAUUAGCCUAAUGAGUAAAAUAUACAAAAUCCA